AUGCACACGGCCACGGCAGAGAAGCUCCAUGGGAGAGCCUUCUAUGAGAGCAUCGGGAGCCCCAAGUAUAUUGUAGCUCCCAUGGUGGACCAGUCCGAGUUUGCAUGGCGCAUGCUCACCCGGUCCUUUAUGCCCGAGAGCGAGCAGUCGAAGCUGCUCGCCUACACACCCAUGCUGCACGCGCGUCUGUUUGCGCACGAGGAAAAAUACCGCAAGGCGCACUUCCAGGCCGUCCGCCCAGGCUCCGACGAGCCCUGGCUCGACGGCAACCCGUCCAUCGACCGGCCUCUAUUCGUCCAGUUCUGCGCAAACGACGCCUCGGUCCUCCUCUCGGCCGCCAAAGAGGUGGCUCCGCACUGCGACGCCGUUGACCUCAACCUGGGCUGUCCGCAGGGCAUUGCGCGCAGGGGCAACUACGGCGCCUUUCUGCAGGAGGACCAGGAGCUCGUCUUUCGCCUCAUCAAUACGCUGCACAAGGAACUGCCCGUGCCUGUCACUGCCAAGAUUCGUAUCCUCGAGACCAAGGAAAGGACGCUCGAGUAUGCGCAGAACGUGCUCAGAGCGGGGGCCUCGAUCUUGACAGUGCACGGGCGGAGGAGAGAGCAAAAGGGCCACAUGACUGGGCUCGCAGACUGGGCCAUGCUGAGGUUUCUGAGGGACGAGCUGCCCCCUGACACCGUCAUCUUUGCCAACGGCAAUGUCUUGCAAGAGGGAGACGUCGAUGCGUGUUUGGAGGCGACAGGGGCUGACGGCGUCAUGAGUGCCGAGGGAAAUCUGAGCGACCCGGCCAUCUUUGCCAAAGCUCCGCCCGUCGGCCAAGAGGGCCGUGAGUACUGGAGAGGCAAGUACGGCAAGGGUGGCUGGAGGGUCGACGCCAUGACGAGGCGCUACCUCGACAUCCUGCACAAGUACGUGCUCGGCGCCGACCCACCGAGUCGCCGACCGCUCUUCCAGUCCGGCGACGACACGGCGUGGAUGGAGGAAGGUGAGCGAGCCGACGCCGACGCUGACGCCGAAGAGCCACCCAAGAAGCGCCGCAGAAAAGACGGCGGGCCCAAGAAUCAAGACCACACGGCGUCAUCGUCGUCGCCGUCGCCCAACCUGUCGGCCGUGCAGGCACACCUCUUCCACCUCCUCCGCCACCUGGUGACACGCCACACCGACGUGCGCGACAUGCUGGCGCGCAGCUCCAAGGGCGGCGGGGGAGUCGCCGCCUUCGAGCGCAUCCUGGCGGCCGUGGAGCGCAAGGUGGCCGAGGGCUUGCUCGAGUACGAGCGCACGGGCGGCAAGAGCUUCGAUGACGAGCGGCCGUGGUGGGUUGCGCAGCCUAUCAUUCGGCCGCUGCCGAGCGAGGCGCUGGCCAAGGGCGCCAUUACCUUGAGCAAGAAGGAGAAGAAGGCGGCGGCCAAGACGGUGGCCGCAGGUAAGGGGGUAAAUGGUGUCGACAAAGGGGUGGACGAUGGGCGGGAGAAGGCUCUGGCGGAGGGAAAGAGGGAGGAGAUUGCGGCGCGGGAUGACCUCGUGGCGGGGUGA